AUGAUCUUUAUAUCUUCUAAAACUGCAAAUUACUUAAGAUGCUGCUUUCUUUUCACCCUUUCAUUCUAUAUGAUUAAAGAUCCACAAACUAUAACUGAUCAACCAUUAUUAAUAUUAUUUGGUCAAGCAAUGAAUGUUGAAAGAGGUGUUAUAAACGAUUUAAAUGAAAAAACUUUAGGUCUUGUUUCGUUAUUAUUCUUUUCAUUAGGGCUUAUUGAUUUCAUGCAAUUAUUAGUUGAUAAUGUUAAAUAUUUUGAAAGUAUAAUCCCAUUAAGAUUAACUAUAUUUUUCGGUAUUGCAAGUUAUUCAUAUAUGAUUCCAACAUCACCAUUUCAUAAUGAUUUAGUUUUUAGUUAUUCAUUCUUGGAAAUUUGGUUUAAUUUCUUACUUUAUAAUGUUAUUAGAGAAGAGAAACAUAAAAGAAAUCAAAAAUUUGAAAAAAAAUUGGAAAGUGAAUUAUUACAAGUUCAACAAGGUAAAAAAUCUAUUGAAGAAGUUGUUAAUAAAUUAGAAAGAACUAAUGAUAUUUAA